AUGUUAACAACAAGAAGAUUAGUAAAUCAAAUAUCAAAUAACUUGAUUUAUUCAUGUCGAUUCAAAACUGAUUCAACGUCAGAUAAUAACCAAGAAGUGGUUUAUCCUAUAUUUGGAGAUAAUGAAAUUUGGGUUGCAAAGUUUAAAUGUAUAUCAAAAUCAAAUUUCACUGGUAGAACCAAAGUUGAUCUUAGAACCUAUGUUUUUCCAGAAAAAGAGAAUAGUACAAAGGCUGUACCAUCACAAAAAGGAAUUACAUUUGACAAGCAAGAAUGGGAAAUCAUUAAAUCAAAUAUUGAUGUAAUUGAUUCAUGGUUUGAUAAUGAUAGUGAAAAGAAAUAA